CCGCGAAUUUAUUCUUAGAAGUCACAAACAUAUAGAUUAUUAUUAGUAUUUUUACAGAAUAUUGAAUAAAAUUCAAUAUAAAACAUGAAAUUCCGUGCUGUUAUGAUAGAUGCUGGGCCAAUGCGGAAGUUUUCAAAUGUUGUAACAAUUAUAUCGAAGUUAUCGAAGGAAUGUGUAUUAAGAUUGAGCGAUGAUCUAUUAUAUUUUAUUGUGAGCGAAGAAAAUAGCGGGCCAAGUCCGCCAAUAUUAUGGUGUGAAAUACCGCAAGCGAUGUUUUGCUCCGAGUAUCAGUUGAUCGGUUUAGAUGAAGAACAUAAGGAUAUUUAUUUAGCUUUAAACUCAGGUAAUCUAGCAAGGUCCCUAGUCACAUUGAAAACGGCUAAGUCAUUAAAGAUGAAACUCACUAAGAAGCAGUGUCCAUGUCUUACUUUAGAAAUUGAAACGCCUUGUACGGUGUCACAGCAAACUCGCCAAGUGACUCAUGAUAUACCUGUGACAGUGGUACCGAGGAAGCUGUGGAGCGACUUCCAUGAGCCGAGAGUACCUGAUCCUGAUAUAUCAAUAGAAUUACCACCACUAAAGCAACUCCGGACCACAAUAGAUAGAAUGAAGACCAUGGCAUCAGAGGUCGUUAUCAGAGCAUCCGCUGAAGGUCGGUUGACCUUGCAAAUAAAGACUGAUAUGGCUAAAGUUUCCACACGGUUCAAAGGGUUAAGAGUGGAAGCUUUUGGAGGGCCAAUAGAACAUUCAGAUUCGGAAACGGAGACUCAAAUAAACGAAGACAUGUCCCGAAUAUGUUACUGUCGUGUCGACGCGAAGAAAUUAUCAAUGUUUCUCAGUGCCGAACAAAUUUCUACUAAUAGUACAGUUUGCAGCAUAGUUCAUAGGAAACUAGUGAUUUUAUGUUUGCAAACUGAUGAGAAUAUUAAACUGCAGUGUUUUAUAAGUGGAAUUGUGUAUUGAU